UAACCAUGGCAUUUUUCAAACAUCAAACAUUACUCAUCACUCUGAAUCACUGGUUUGCUAACCACAACAUGGAAGGACCUCUGAUAAGAGGUACUGCUGGAAAUUCCCGCACUGCUGCCGCACUCGGACUCAUUCGUUGAGGGUUGGGCUUCCCUGGAUACUGGCUCGGGCUUGAAGAAUGAUUAGAUUUUCCUCUGCGUCUAAGCGUCCUGUUGUCGCUUGAUGAUAACAGACCUAAGAUCUCGUAGAGCAGGGUGAUGCUGAUCCAAGUCAUCAUAUGCCAUCAGGCCUUGCAUUACUAUGUCCAAAUAGAAACGAAACUUGGAUAGAUUCAUUUUCGGUUUGGCGGUGGUAGUGGUGGAUGGCGGAAGCACAUGGCGGGCCGAGUGGUUGAGUAUGAUUUAAAGGGAACUUACCAUUUGAUGACUUAUUUUUCUUUUGCUACUGAGAGCGCAUGGCGGGCCGAGUUGUUAAAUCGGAAUAUUGUCUGUCUUAACUCGGGUGAUCGUACUUUAACCACCAUUUCAUGACCUGCUAGCCCUUACGACUUAUAGAAAUUAACGACUAAUCGAGUAACGAGUUAGAGAGGUUCUAAUGUCCUGAGAGAUAAAAAGAGGGGAAAAAAAAAUAGUUAACGACGAGAAUGGAUGAAAAUGGGAAGAAGAAAAAUGAAGAGGAAGGCCGAAAGGAGGAAAGGCGAAGGUUAAGAGUACGAGUAUGUACGCACAGUAUGAAGACGCAGUAUUCGUAGACAUGGCGGUACUUGAAGAGGAAAUAGAAAAAUCCGCCGCGAUGCUGAGCUUGGUAGCCACGAAGGCGGUGGUGCUGGUGCUGAUGCUAUUGCUUACCCUGGCCAUGGGACUCCUGCCUCUCUACGUGUACAAGGUGUUAGCGAGAAGGCUUAACCAGGUGGCUCUCUCCAUCAGUCUGUGUUUCGGCGCGGGAGUUCUUCUUUCCAUCGUGUUCCUUCACCUUCUUCCCGAGACGCAGGAGAAUUUUCACUAUGCCAUGGAAGAGGGAUUCAUACAGCAUACGUCUUACCCGGUGGCGGAGGUGUCUGUGUGCUCUGGGUUCUUCCUCGUCUACUUGAUGGAAGAGGUGAUCCAUGGUUGGGUGGCCCACCAAAAAGGAAUUCAAGAUCCCCAGGUGACCAACGAGGGACCUGCGACCGUGGAGGAAGCGCAGAAGGAGGCGAGAGCAAGGAGAAGAUCGAGCAGGAUGUCUGAGUUGCGCCAGAGCACUUCCAGCGUGCUUGGGGUGACGGUGAUCAAGGAAAUGAAGGGCUACCUCAAUGGGUCCUUCGAGGGAGAGGAAGCAACGCCAGAUUCCGAAAAAAACUGUGAGGCUUCGAACUCGGUACACAUCCAUCAUCGCCAAGAUCAGGUCACCCCUGGGCUGUCACUGGUGGGCACGCUGAUGGUGGUGACGGCACUCUCCUUCCAUGGGGUGAUGGAAGGCCUUGCUAUUGGCCUGGAAGAAAAUAAUCAGGACAUCUGGACGCUAUUCGCGGCACUGUGCUGUCACAAGGUGAUCCUCGCCUUCAGCAUGUCCAUGGAAUUGUUGCAGGCUGGCAUGAAACUCUACCCCUUCCUCUUGUCUGUCACUAUCUUUUCCCUUGCCUCGCCGCUCGGGGGCCUCGUCGGAGCCCUGGUGGCAGGCUUCUCGGACCAGGAAAGUGUGGCGGGGAUACUGACAACCACUUUGCUGCAGGCGGUGUCCGGCGGCGCCAUCCUCUAUGUGACCUUCUGCGAGGUGCUUCAGCGGGAGCGGACCAAGCCUAUGAAUGGUUUUCUUAAGUUUUUGGCGCUCCUGUUCGGCUUUGGCAUCAUGGCGGCGCUGGAGGCUGUGUCUGGCCACGAGCACGGCCACCAUGACACCGGCAAUAAUUCAGACAUGACAACUACCUCCCCCGUCCUGUGCUCUUCGUCUCCACUUCCUGAGCCCAUUUAACUAUUAAAGUGAGAAUCGACAGGGCCAGACACCAGCUGCUAAGAUCAUCGGAAGAGGAGCGCAACGUGGCCAGCAUCCCCAUUAAUGAGUGUGUGGUUGCCCUGCAGACUUGGCUUAUGGUAUAGCACUCCGUGUGCUGUGCCCCAUAUUGGGACAAAGGAGAGUGUGGAGAGGCUAAGAAUUCGCAGUCCCACCUUAUGAUGGCCCAGACGGAGGAAGCUGCGAAGCCGCCGCCUGAACCAUAC